AGCAAAUGACAAAGCUGAAUAGUUACAAGCUUGAAACUGUUUUCAUUCCUCAAGUUUAUUUUCGUAUAGUAAGUCCUGUGGUAACUCACAAAGACAAAUUAUUGUAAUACAAUAUUUCCAUUACACUAUAAAAUUAUAUCGCAAGUACUAUUAUCAAAUAUUUUAAAACAGUUUUUUACAUCCGAAAAUAAUAAUUUAAUACACUGUAUCGAAAUUUAUUAUUUAAAAUGUUUUCGAAGAUCAUCAUACUGUUUUUUUGGGUGGUAUUGUACUUUUUGCAAUGUCAAGGUACUGGCCCUAAUGAAGAAACACGUCAAAUAAUAGAAAACAUAGUCCGUGACCAUUACAAGCCAAAUGGUCUAAGCUACAAAGAGUUAAGGCAUGUAAUUGACGAAGUAACACGGAAAACGGGCGCAAAGGGAAAUAUCCCCAGCCGUGAUCGAUUGGAAAAGAGAUUAGAAGUCGAUACAUAUUCAAAAGCCGAAGUUGUAAGCAUCGUCCGAUAUAUUGUAGGUGACGAUAGUAUGACGGAAUUGGUAAGAGAAUUAUUCGAAAAAAAUCAAUAUCCAUCUAGGAUAAACUUUGUACAUUUAGGUUAUAUGGUUCAAAGUGUAAGAAUGGCAAAGGGUAUGGAUACACCCACUGAUAAUACUGCCCAAUUGAAAAUGGAUAUAAUAAACAAUAGAAAACGCAUGUUUCAUACUAUGGACGAAUCUGAUAUCAUUGACUUCAUUAUCAAUAAUUUAAAUUUUUGAUUAUAUUAUUAACUGUUAUCAAAUGAAUGCAUGUAUGUACUAAGUAAUAUGUCACAUAAAAAUGUAGUUUUGAUUGAUUAAUAAAUCAUUUUGCUCUUACAUUUA